AUGACUGACCAACAAACUCAUUCGCUGACAGGCGGCCUGCGUCAGUUACUGACUGACCCACAUAAGGACUUUGUUACUGACCGACAGGUUGACCCACUGACUGACCGACAGGUUGACCCACUGACUGACCGACAGGUUGACCAACUGACUGACCGACAGGUUGACCCUCUGACUGACCCCGGGUCUGAUCGACAGAUUGACCCUCUGACUGACCCUCUGACUGACCGACAGGUUGACCCACUGACUGACCCUCUGACUGACCAACAGGUUGACCCACUGACUGGCCGACAGGUUGACCCUGAGACUGACCGACAGGUUGACCCUCUGAUUGACCCCGAGUCUGAUCGACAGAUUGACCCUCUGACUGACCGACAGGUUGACCCUCUGACUGACCGACAGGUUAACCCUGAGACUGAUCGACAGAUUGACCCUCUGACUGAACGACAGGUUGACCCUGAGACUGACCGACAGGUUGACCCUGAGACUGACCGACAGGUUGACCCACUGACUGACCCCGAGUCUGAUCGACAGAUUGACCCAAUAACUGACCCUUUGACUGACCCACAGGUUGACCCUCUGCCUGACCCCGAGUCUGAUCGACAGAUUGACCCUCUGACUGACCCUCUGACUGACCGACAGGUUGACCCACUGACUGACCGACAGGUUGACCCUGAGACUGACCGACAGGUUGACCCUGAGACUGACCGACAGGUUGACCCACUGACUGACCCUCUGACUGACCGACAGGUUGACCCUCUGACUGACCCUCUGACUGACCGACAGGUUGACCCACUGACUGACCGACAGGUUGACCCACUGACUGACCCCGAGUCUGAUCGACAGAUUGACCCUCUGACUGACCCUCAGGUUGACCCUCUGACUGACCGACAGGUUGACCCUCUGACUGACCGACAGGUUGACCCUCUGACUGACCCCGAGUCUGAUCGACAGGUUGACCCUGAGACUGACCGACAGGUUGACCCACUGACUGACCCCGAGUCUGAUCGACAGACUUACCAACAGGCUAAAUCCUAA